GUCGCCGAGCCGCCCGCCAAGGUAGCCAGGGCCCCGGGCGCCAAGAAGCCCAAAGCCAUCCGCAAGCUGCACUUCGAGGACGAGGUGACCACGUCGCCUGUGCUGGGGCUCAAGAUCAAGGAGGGCCCGGUGGAAGCGCCGCGGGGCCGGGCGGGGGGCGCGGCGCGGCCGCUGGGCGAGUUCAUCUGUCAGCUCUGCAAGGAGGAGUACGCCGACCCUUUCGCGCUGGCUCAGCACAAGUGCUCGCGCAUUGUGCGCGUGGAGUACCGCUGCCCCGAGUGCGCCAAGGUCUUCAGCUGCCCCGCCAACCUGGCCUCGCACCGGCGCUGGCACAAACCGCGGCCUGCGCCCGCCGCCGCCCGCGUGUCGGAGCCUGAAACCGCUGCCAGGGCUGAGGCGCGGGAGGCGACAGGCGGCGGCAGCGACCGCGACACGCCGAGCCCUGGCGGCGUGUCCGAGUCGGGCUCCGAGGACGGGCUCUACGAGUGCCACCACUGCGCCAAGAAGUUCCGCCGCCAGGCCUAUCUGCGCAAGCACCUGCUGGCGCACCACCAGGCGCUGCAGGCCAAGGGUGCGCCUCCCGCACCUCCGGCUGAGGACCUACUGGCCUUGUACCCUGGGCCCGAGGAGAAGGCGCCCCAGGAGGCGGCCGGCGACGGCGAGGCGGCCGGCGUGCUGGGCCUGAGCGCGUCCGCCGAGUGCCACCUGUGCCCGGUGUGCGGGGAGACGUUCCCCAGCAAGGGCGCCCAGGAGCGCCACCUGCGCCUGCUGCACGCCGCCCAGGUGUUCCCCUGCAAGUACUGCCCGGCCACCUUCUACAGCUCGCCUGGUCUCACGCGGCACAUCAACAAGUGCCACCCGUCCGAGAACAGACAGGUGAUCCUCCUGCAGGUGCCCGUGCGUCCGGCCUGCUAGAGCGCGCCCUCCACCACGCCCCCGCCCCGAACUGUGCCUUCUCUUGGAGACCCACGAGGAGAGCGCGCCCUGCGCGCCCACCCCCGGUGAAAGUGUUGUCUCCGCUUCUCUCGGUGUGGCGUGACGGUAACCCUGAUCCUCUCGUUGUGACUCCUUUUGCCCCCCCCACCCCUUUUGCGUUGUGUCCCCUUUCCCUCCUUGGCGCAACAGGAGCCAAUCUCUUUCUGUACAAGAGAGAAAAGCUGUACGCGUUUGUCUCGUGGUUGGAAGCUUCCCCUUGGAGCGGAGACCUGUUUUUCUUGCUAGUAUUCGCUGUGUUCAUGGUCUAGAAAUGCGGUUUGCUCUCGCCUACCAAUCUCUGCUCUCUAUGUAUGUAGCGGUACGGGUUGUUUUGGGUGAAUCUUGAGGAAUUAAUGCCUUUAUAUUUCACAGGCUGUAAAUUGAACUUCCCACACGAUUAGCUUUAUUAUGGCUUGUGAACUGCUGGAGUCUGGCUUUACCUUUUUGUAUGUGAACAAAUCAAAUUGCUUAAAAAAGAGUUUUCUUUAGUAUAGCCACAAAUGCCUUGAACUGUUGUCUGUUUGGGAUUGUUUUUGGGGGGAGGGAAGGGAAUUUUCAGAAAAUGCUGUAGAAACUGCCUCAAUACUUCACAUAAGACUCUUUAGUUUGACCAUGUUUGUUGAGGUAGGACUAUAUGAGUUCUCUCUAAAUGUAUAUGUUGAUUUAUGAGUAAUUGUUAUUUAUUCUUUAUUUAUUUAUAUUAAUUAUGAAGAUUAUGAUAUUAUUUGAUUGCAGAUCUUUUUUUUUGUACGCUUCCCCCCCCUUGCCACUCUUGACAUUUCACUGUGCAUUUUAGAAGAGAGCCUUUUUCUAAAGGGAUCUGUUAAAAGUUUUAACUUUUAUACCUAUCUGAGCGAAUUACAGACAACCUACCAUUUUAUUCUGCUUGGAGGGCCCCUGAAGCCCUCGUACAACCGACAGCUCUUACUUUUAAAUGCAAUCUCUUUUCUACAUACAUUAUUUUCUUAAUUGUUAGCUAUUUAUAGAAAGCUUCAAUAGAACUGUUUCAACUGUAUAACUAUUUACUAUUCAAAUAAAAAUAUUUUCAAAGUCAAAGUAAAA